AUGGCUGUGUUCAAGUUCGCUGUGGGUCUGCUGGCCCUGUUGCUGGUGUCCUCUGCCUGGGCUGAGGAGGAGAUUCUUCCUGUGUCUGAGAUUCUUCACAGAGCCAACACCGGUAUAACACAUGAUGCUGAUGAGCUUGAACUGCUGGAUGACAUCGCCGUGGACAACGAGAAUGACAGGAACGCUGACCCCUGCACCUCCCGCGGCUGCAUGUGGCCAAAGUCCAGUGAUGGAAAUGUCUACGUGCCCUACGUCAUCAGCAGGGACUUCUCUUCCUGUGAGAUGUCCAUCAUCCAGCGUGCCCUGGACUCCUUCGCCUCUAACACCUGCAUCUGCUUCAAGUCCCGCCGAUCUGAGAGGGACUACAUUGGCAUCUACUCCAAGAAUGGGUGCUACUCCUACAUUGGCCGCCGUGGCGGUCAGCAGGUUGUGUCCCUAAACCGCAGGGGUUGUCUGUACCACAACACCGUUCAGCACGAGCUGCUCCAUGCCCUGGGCUUCAACCACGAGCAGACCCGCAACGACCGUGACAACCACAUUCGUGUGAUGUGGGAGAAUGUUGUUGAAGACAUGAAGCACAACUUCAACAAGAAGAGCACCCUCAACCAGGGAACUCCCUAUGACUACAACUCUGUCAUGCAGUACAGCAAAUACGCCUUCUCCAAGAACAACCGCCCCACCAUGGUGCCCAUUCCCAACAACAACGUUGAGAUUGGCAAGGCCGGUCAGAUGAGCCAGAAUGACCUCAACAGGCUCAACAGGCUGUACAAGUGCUGUGAGUAG